AUGGCACAGGCGGCAGCCGGGAGCGGCGCGGGGCGCAGCGCCGGGGGCGAGGAAGCGGCGAGGGCGGCGGCGGCGGCGGAGGAGGAGGUCGCGGCUGCAGGCGCCGCUGGAGGAGCAGCCUCGGCCGCCGCUGCGAGCGCCGCUGGAGGAGCCGGGGCCCGGGCGGGAGUCCGAGCCGGAGUCGGGGCCGCAGCCCGAGCGCGAGUCGAGGCCGAGGCUGCCCGCGUCGCCGCUGCUGUCCCGGCGGGAGCCCUCGCCCGGAUUCAAGAGUGCGGGGAGCUGGGAGAGUCGAGCAGGAUGCGGGGCGAAGCUGCCGGCGACGAUCAGGGCGCUCGGGUGUCGGGGGGCCAGGUCCAGGGCCGGACGCAGCCAGCCAUUCAGGAAGGCAGAGCUGGAGAGCGGGAGGCAGCCGGCGAGGAAGAUCACACACUUUGCUCUUUUUGUUGUGCGGGUGGCGCCGGGUUCUCUCUGCCUUCUUCUUUCGGGAGGUGACGGAAGGGGGAGAAAAAUACGAGAUAAUUCACGCCAGCGACGAAUUCACAGCGAAAUAGGAAAAAAAUAAAAAUCAGAAGAAAAUACUUGAGAAAAAAAGGAAAAAGAGAAAGCGAGAGAGACAUCCAAAGUAGGUCGAAUAAAUAAUCCUCUUCUUUUCCCCUUUCUUGCUUCUUCUGCUUCUUCUGCUAUAACACACAGAGCUAGUUAAAAAACCCUGGAGAUCGCCCAAAAAUGUUCUUUUUUUAGUAUUUUAAAUAAGUGCUCUUCAGCCGGGAACCAACACCCUCCCUCCAAAAAAAAAAAAUCAUACAUAUAUAUAUAUAUAUAAAAUAACGAUAAGAAGAAUACUGAGGGGGUGCCUCCUCCUCCUUUUUUUUCAAGUUUAGUCUUCUCUCUUCUAGAGGAAGGGAGUGAAAGAGAAAAGGAGGAGGGAGAGAAAGAGGAAGGGCGACAACUAGUAGAAUAUGUAAGAAAAAGAAAGGGGAGAGAUAGGGCAAUAGGAGAGUGGGUGAG